AUGCGUAUCCUCAUAGGUUUUGACUGCCGACUCGUCGGUGGAGCUCGUGAAUUGAGGGAGGUAGGUAUGUCGGAUGGUUAUUUGCCAGUCGAUGGCAAUGACAACGACAUCGACUCAAGCGCGGGAUAUCAGAACGGGGACAGCAAGCACAGCAAGGACGGCGACAGCGACGGGGAAGGCUUCAGCGAUAAUGAGAAUGAAGACCCCUUCAAUAGGAGGAAGAGCAUCCGGUUCAACAGGAACUACUAUGGCCUGGGGACUAGAAUCGCCGAUGUCGUCCUCCACGGAGGACACGGAGGCGACCAUCUGCCUGAUCAUGGGAAAACGGAGCUCACUGGCUGGGCGUCAAUCUGGCUGGCGUAUCAAUCCAUCGGGGCUCUUUACGGAGAUGUUGGCACCAACCCGCUCUAUGUUUUCUCCUCGACGUUUGCGACACCCCCGCCCGGUGAAGACCUAAUUGGAGUACUCUCGCUUAUAACCUGGGCGUUGAUACUGAUUGCGACGAUUAAAUAUGUCGGGAUCGUUUUACGCGCUAAUGAUAAAGGCGAAGGCGGUUCUUUUGCGCUCUUCUCACUGAUACAACGUUAUGUCGACAUUGAUAACCAGAACCGGGACGCAUCGGACUUCCUUGUAAACGACGACGAGAAGCAACUGCGGCCGUUUAAUCUCAAGGCUAUGAACCUGUUGAAGAGGAGUUCUAGAGCAAAGAAUGUUGUUAAGGUUUUCGCGGUGCUCGGUGUUUGUAUGGUGAUAUCAGACGGCGCUUUAACUCCUGCACAAUCCAUCCUUGCUGCUGUUCAAGGGCUCCAAAUUGCUGCGCCGAAUAUUGAAACCCAUACUCUGGUAGCAAUUGCCUGCGUCCUGAUCAUUUUUCUCUUUGCUUUGCAGCCGUUCGGCACAUCUAAACUGAGCAGUUAUUUCACGCCCAUUGUGAUUGUAUGGUUGAUGUUCAAUGUCAUAUCAGGGGUCUAUCUUAAUGCUAACCAUGAUAAUUCUGCCACCAGGGCAAUACGGGUCUCGUGGCUAUGUUUUGCGCUCCCUUGUUUGCUCCUCACGUACUGUGGUCAAGCCGCCUUUAUCAGCGUCCAUCCAGAAGCGGUCGUGAACCCACUGUUCAAAUCAGCGCCCCCGGGGAUGUACUGGCCGCUCUUUCUGCUCUCGAUACUGACAUCGAUUGUUGCAUCCCAAGCCAUGCUUACGGGGACUUUUCAACUCAUGUCACAAGGCAUUCGAAUGGGAUAUCUGCCCAACAUCCGGGUUGUCCACACCUCGAAGCGAGUUUCUAGCCAAAUUUAUAUCCCUGGGGCAAACUGGCUGAUGAUGCUUACGGCACUUGUCGUUACUGCAGUUUUUAAAACGGUGAACCUCAGCACCCCAGCGGCAUUAAGUUUCGGCAAUGCCUACGGAACAUGCGUUGUCGUGGUCGGCUUUAUUACCACUUGGCUCGUCGCCCUUGUAUCCACUAUUAUCUGGAACGUCCAUGUCGUGAUUGUCAUGCCAAUAUUCUUGUUUUUCGUGUCUAUCGAUGGCCUGUUCGUUUCGUCUGCAUUGUACAAAGUUCCAUCCGGUGGCUGGUUCACUAUUGCCAUGGCUGUAAUUCUCUCAAGCACUCUCCUCGCCUGGAAUUAUGGUGAAGAGUGCCAACUGGAAGCAGAUAGAGAUGAGUCCUCUCUAUCCCACGCAAGGCUAUUUGGCGACACGAAUGGGACGCUGUUUAUCCGCGAGGGAGAUAAACAUAUCGACGUGAAGAUAAUUAGAGGAAUGGGAAUAUUCCUCGUUGAAACCGAUUUGAAUUCUCCUCCGGUCUUUGAUCACUUUCUGAGAACAUUCGAAGCGUCUCAUGAAAUAACUGUUCUGCUACACAUCAAUCGUAUCCCUAAAUAUCAUGUUUCCCCCUCAAACCGGCUCCAAAGCUCUGCAACCCCCAUCCGUGGGGUAUAUCGCGUCACCCUCUGUCUUGGUUACGGCGAUACCAUCAGCUGGGUCACCUUCGAGCAAUCGUUAAUAGAUGAGUUGGAAAUGCUGAUAUCCAACAAUACCGCUGCCGCCCCACCCACCGACGCUGAGACUGACUGCGACCUUGACCCUCAUCAAAGCCAACCACUCAAAUCAUCAUCGCCACGGUCACCCUUUUCCUUCCAGCUCCCCAGGUCCACUUCAUCCGGCGACAUCCCCCUGUCAAUCAUGUCAACGAUUCAAACCCAAGCAGACCAUCACCAACACGAACGGCUCGCCCCCCCGGAUCUAAAAGCCAUAACACAAAAGCCCAUCACGUAUAUAAUCUGCAAGGACAAGCUGUUUAUCAAGGAGGAGUCGAACUUUGUGCGCCGGGCGAUACUCACGGUAUUUGUGGCCGUGAGGAAUCAGCAGCGGACGAAGUUAUCGCAGCUGGAAGUGCCGGCUGACCGGCUGGUGGAGAUUGGGUUCUCGAGGGCUGUGUAG